AUGGAUUCGCCAGCAUCCCCCCGCGAGGCCUCCGACGAGUCAAUUCCCAGUCACCACAACGAGAUCGAUCGAGAUCAUAACUUUGAGGAGACGGAUCUUCAGCCAACGCAGAAACCCAGAGUUCUUCCGGACGAUUUACCCACGUCAUUGGACGAUCGGCGCUCUGUGCCUAUGUUCCAAGAGACGGAGAUGUACGAUGCCUGGCAAGGCCAAUCCCAAUUCCUCACAACCCCCAUCGCCGCAAAGCCACUCAGCUUCAGUCUCGCGCUCGACGACCACUCACACGACGACGAACAUACUCUCCAAGCUCAGUAUGGGCGCGGGCUCGUGGCCUCGCUGGACGACGAUAACGCGUCCACCAUCACCGCACGUCUAGAGGACAGCGACGCUCGGUUAAUGGAGAUGCUGGCGGCACAGGCGGCGCACCGGGAACUUGAAUCGCUGGAGGCGGAUGAGGACGCCAUUGCGAGCGACGAGAAGCUUACGGACGAGGAGAAGCGAAAGAUCUUGCAGCGGAGCUUGAAUAUGGCGGCGAGUAAUGGCGAUGUGGACCGCGUGCAUAAGCUGGUGGGGGGCAAGGCGAAGGACUACGUUGAUGUGAAUAUGCCGGAUGAGGAGGGGACGGUCCCGCUGAUCUAUGCGAGCUGUUUUGGACAUCAGGAUGUUGUUUCGGCGCUGCUCGAUGCCGGGGCCAAUGUCGACCAGCAGGACCGGAAUCAGUGGAGCGCGCUGAUGUGGGCGAUGACGAACCGGCACAAGACCAUUGCGAAGAUUCUUCUCGAUCAUGGUGCCUCGCCGGACAUCAAGUCUUCAUCCGGCGGGACCGCGUUCGACUUUGCUCAGCCGGGAAGCGAGAUCUCCGAGUAUUUACAUGAGAAUGGGUACAAUUUCGGACCGAGUGCGAUCGAGGAUGAUUUUUACGAUUCUGGGUUCGCACAUGGUCGGUUUGAGGAGGAGAUUGCGGAGAAUGAGAUGAAGCGGCGCAUGAUGAUGGAGGAGAGCGCUAUCAACUUGGAGGUCGAUUUAUCGAGUCUGGGGCUCGAUGAAAAGUUCGAACCGCUCGACGAGGACGAUCUGGAAGAUGAGCAGCAAGAGUUUGUCUGGGACCGAUGCUUAAAUGAUCAGAUGUUCGUGUUCCAAGAGCAUGAACUAGAACGAAUCCUGGACAUCAUCAUCACCAACAUGACCCCGCAACGUUCACCGUCACAGAAACCGGUGCCCGCAAAUCUCCUGUUCCUCAGCGCGCGAUAUGCCCAUUAUCAUGCCAAUCCCGAACUGCUGGCGGAUCUCCUCAAUUCGGCGACGGAGAAGAUCAAUGACGUCGUUGAACGACAUCAGUGGGACAUGACCAUACUCGCAUUCUGGAUGUCAAACGCGACUCUGCUUUUGCAUUAUUUGAAGAAGGACGCAGGCUUGGUAGAGUCGACUGUUGAGUUUCAACUACACCUGGCAGAGCUUAUCAAUGAGAUAUUCAUCUUGAUCAUCCGCGACGCUGAGCGUCGGAUGAACAAGGUGCUCGACGCUGCGAUGCUGGAUCAUGAGACCAUACCAGGACUGGAAGAUGUGGCCUUCCAGAAUGAAUGGAAGCUCUUCCGGCCCAAGAAUAAGACAAAAGCCCCCGAACCUGCUGACAAGCGGUUUCGGCCACCGUCUCCAAGACGAAGAGCGCAAGUGUCGCCGCGAAAUAUUACUUCUUUACUAUCUUCGACCUUAUUUGUCCUCGAUCUCUACGACGUACAUUCGGUCAUCACCACACAGAUCCUCUCGCAGCUCCUUUACUGGCUUGGGGCUGAAUUAUUCAAUCGAAUUAUGACGACCAAGAGAUACCUCGCGCGAACCAAAGCCAUGCAGAUCCGGAUGAACGUGUCCACCCUGGAGGAUUGGGCACGUACCAACAAUAGGCAGCCGGAGCACUAUGAGAAUGGGUCGACGACGUGCACCGGUGAAAGCACCAUGGAAAGCGCGCGCAAGCACCUGGCGCCGGUCAUUCAGCUCCUGCAGUGGCUACAAUGUUUCUCGUCAUUGGGAGAUGACCAUGAGUCUCUCGUCACUACCUUGCUGCAAUUGCAGCAGCUGACCCCCGCCCAGCUCCUCCAUGCAGUGAAAUCGUAUCGACCGGAGGUGGGAGAAAAGGGUCUUACAAAGCAAGCGAUGAAGCUUCUACUUGAUCUUCAACGCGAUCCCGAUCUCCUUGCCCGAGAGCAGCUGAGACUACAAGGCGCCACGGAGCAAGGAACCGCGGGCGAGCCAGGACCGAAAGACGGUCGUCCAGAAACCCCUGGACAAGACCGGCCUUCGAACGUCCCAGCUCCCGUCACCCCUGAGGCAUCCACGCGCAGCAUGGCGUCGCCUGGUUCUGCCAGUGCGUCGCCCCGUCUGGGGCAACCAUCACGGCCCGAUGAGCGAAACGGGACGAACUCGGUGUUCCUGGAUCCAUCGCUUACUCUACCUUUCUCCUUACCUACCAGCACCGACAUGUUGAUCAGCUACGGGGCAGGAUGGGGAGGAACCAACCGAGAACGAGCGCGAAAGUACAUUCCCACGGUUCCCCCCGAGGUUCUGACCCGGUUCGACCGCGAUGGAUGA